AUGCCACACAACACAGCAACAGUACUACCAACGCCAAAAGUCAACUUAGAAGCGUUCGGAGUUUCUAAAAAUGGAUUUCUACCAGAAGAACUGCCCCUUCAACGGCUCAGCGACCCAUACUAUGAGGUCUGGGAAAGGAUCAUCCGCGAACUUCCAACCCUCCUUAAGACAAAGUCAUUCAGAGGCAAGGUAGACAAGCUAGAAGUAUUGUCAACUUUGCGAUUAACUUCAAUGAGAGAGUGGCAGAGGGCGUAUCUCGUACUCGCAUUCUUCACACAUUCGUAUAUCUGGGAAUCUGGUGGUCCAUCAGAGCACUUACCAGCUGCCAUUUCGGUCCCAUUUCUAGACGUAUCUUCUCACCUUCAACUUCCACCAACAGCAACUUAUGCUGCAUUGAAUCUCUGGAAUUUUACUUCAAUAUCCUCAGGGGUCUCAAUCAGCAAAAUUGAGAACCUUCGAACUCUUCACACGUUCACUGGUACCCGAGACGAAGAAUGGUUCUUCCUAAUCUCCGUCGCAAUCGAGGCUCACGGCGCUGCAAUAAUCCCUGUGAUGUUGAAAGCCAUGGAUGCCGCCCAGUUGAAUAAACCCGAAAUAGUAAUAAACGCACUUAUCAAGUUCUCGAAAUGCGUGGGAGAAGUUGGGGUGAUUCUCAAGAGGAUGAAUGAAGGGUGCGAUCCGGAUGUUUUUUACAAUCAAAUCAGACCUUUUCUCGCAGGAAGUAAAAACAUGGUCCUGGCUGGACUCCCCAAUGGGGUGUUUUACGAGGAGGGGGAGGGCAAGGGAAAGUGGAGACAGUAUAGUGGAGGAAGCAAUGCGCAGAGCUCGUUGAUACAAUUCUUUGAUGUUGCGCUUGGAGUUGAGCAUUCAUUGACAGGAGCUGCAAAAGGGUCGAAGCCCGGCUUUCUUCAGGAAAUGCGAAAUUACAUGCCUGGUCCCCAUAGAGAAUUCCUUCAACACGUAGAGUCAACUUCCAACAUUCGGGAAUACGCAGAUAAGUGCCUUGACGCUGGCGUCGGAGAAGCUUAUAAUGCAGCCAUCGUGGAGCUGUCCAGGUUUCGGGACAUUCAUAUCCAGAUUGUUACGCGAUAUAUCAUUACCCCUUCGAAGCAACAAGUUCCGCCUAGUACAGCUGGUAUGAAUUUGGCCAUCGCAUCAGCGAAUGGUGAGACGAAGGAUCUGCAUGGAACCGGGGGAACACAGUUGCUGCCAUUUCUUAAGCAAAGUCGAGAUGAGACAAAGAAUACUGCAUUAAAUUAG